AUGUCACUCAACAUAUCGCUAUACACAGUCACAGCGGCUUUAAUAUUGGGCAGUGAAGGCCAGAGGCUAUUUGCUAAAUACUACCGUCCCAACGAUCCCUCCCAGUCAUACAAAACUGCCAACGAACAAGCAGCGUUCGAGAAGGCCCUUUACAACAAAAUCAACAAACAGCACCAAGAUGUGGUGUUGUAUGAUAAUCAUCUCAUUACCUACAAGCAAAGCAACGAUGUGAUCGUAGUUCUUGUUGGUGCUUUAAACGAGAACGAGUCGAUGCUUUAUUCGUUAACAAAUAAUAUCCACGAGGCGUUGCUGAUUUUUUUGGACAACUCCUUAGACAAAACCACUGUGUUGCUGAAAUAUGAUAUGGUGUGCUUGUGCUUCGAUGAGGCCAUUGACGAUGGUAUCAUCUUGGAGAUCGACCCUGCCAUCAUUGUGAGUAGGGUGACCAAACCACCCACUAGCGACUACAACGUGCCUGUCAACAUUGACAAAGGUGUAUUCAAUGCAUUAUCCUUUGCGUCAAAGAAGAUCCAGGAGAGGUUGCAGCAGGGUUUGUAA